CUCUCUCUCUCUCUACUAUAGGUAGUGAUGUGUGGCAGCAGACUGAGAGGUCUCUGUUCAGUAAAGCGUUGACGACCCACGGCAAAGACUUCUCUCUCAUCCAACAAAUGGUGCAGACUAAGUGUGUGUCUCAGUGUGUGGAGUUCUACUAUUCUCUCCAGGAAACUUCCUGACAAACAGAGGGAGCAGAGGGAGCAGGAACAGAUGAGUGUGGUGUCCCUCCUAAACCGAUGGAACAGGUGGUACCAGCCCCGUCGUUGGCUACCAACUUCCCCUGUAAGCAGUGUGGAAAGAUGUUCUAUAAGAUAAAGAGUCGUAACGCCCAUAUGAAGAUCCAUAGGCAGCAGCAGGAUGACUGGAGACACCCCCCAGGCCUCGUCAUCAACCUAGCCCAGAACGUCACCCCCAACCUGGGAACCAAUCUACCCCAGCUCCAGGCUUCAGGUCGGGCCUACCUCCCAGGCCCCAUCAACAACAACAACAGCAACCACCACACUGGUGGCGCUCACACCAUCAUCAUCAACAACAACACCAACAACAACAUCAGUGAUCCAAACAUUCCAAACACCAAUACCAUGACCAAUAGCAACAGUGUCAGUGUCAUCGACUCCACCCCUAAUCAGAGAGGACACGCCCCCCUCCUCUCUGUCCAGCAAUCGUGGGACUUGUUUCAGUUGAACUCUAAUCCUGCUGCAGGGUUUCUACUAUGACCCGGAAGUGAAAGGAGCCAUGGGGGUCACGGUGGGAGGGGUGAAAGGUCAAGUCCUCUGGCAGUAGAGUUCUGGAAUCAGAAUGAAUAGAACUGACAUGUAUAGGACUACAUUCACAUUUUGAAAAGCAUUUAAAAUAUAUAAAUAUAGUGAGAAAUCUGUAAAUGAUGUUUAAUAUUUAAAUGUUUUGAAUUUCAAUUUUUAUUAAAAAUGGAUUUUUGUGUCUC